UUCUCGAAGUUUGUGGAUGCUCGUAGAAAAGCAACAAAUUAAAUCAUCCAAAAACUGUUUCUCAUAGUGACUCAAAAACAAUAAUUAUUACGUUUUAAAAUAUUUUGGUGAAUCGUGCUGAAAUUAUACCAAAAAUUGUAUAAAACUAAAGAAAAUAGUAUAAAUAUAUUAAAAAAAAAUCUUCAAAGAAAACCACUCAAGUGCUAAAAAAAACUUCAAAACAGUUUUAAAGUUAUAAAGUAAUCCAAUUUUAAAAACAAAGUGUGCAUUAACUGCCAUUUGACAUAGUGUUUGAUUGUUUUGCUCAUCCGUUCCUGCCAAUCUACUUGAAAUAAAGUUUAAAAUUAAACCUUUUGACUAAAACAACUUUUUCCAACAAGUUUUCUUUGUUACCAAACAAAGAACAAUAACAACAACAAAAAUAUAUCCGUAAAAUCAGGUUUAAAAAACAAAAAAACUGACAAAGAAAACACAAUGCCAGCUGAUUCAGUUUCAAGAAUGAAUUCCAAUGGAGGCUCUGGUGGCAAUGAACCGGAUAUACCCGAAAAUCUUUUUGGAACAUCUCCAGGUUCUUCAAGUCUACGUUCACGUACUGAUAGUGAAAGUUCGGAUAAAAUGUUGCGCUUUGUUUUACCCAGUAUGGAUGGAAGUCCACCCAAAGUAAUGACCUUGAAUGAAGUUGCAGAUGUCGUUAAAAAUAUACAAAAUAUGGAACUAGCUCAUGAAAUUGCACUAAAUCCGGAAUUUAAACUGCAACCCUAUGAGCCCCCAGAAAAUAGUCUUGAAAAGGUCAUUAAAGAGACAAUGCACAAGGCAUUUUGGGACAAUUUGCGCUUGCAAUUGAAUGAAAAUCCACCUUGUUACGAUUAUGCCAUAAGACUUUUAGGAGAUAUUAAGGAAUGUUUUCCACAGAUUUUGUCACCGAACAAUAAACGUGCUUUGGAGCAUAUAAAUGAAAUACUUGACGAGUCUGUGAUACGCCAACAGGCAGAAAAGGGAGUUUUAGAUUUCAGAAACUAUGCAAACUUCGUUAUACAGAUUAUGGCUAAAUCGUGUGCUCCUGCUAGGGAUGAUGCUGUAAAACAGUUGACACAAAUUGAAGACGUUGUUGAUACAUUCAAGGGUAUUCUUGAAACGAUGACCUUGAUGAAACUUGAUAUGGCAAAUUUUCUUCUCGAUUUUGCUCGCAACGAUAUAAUGGCAAACUCGGUGGAAUAUGAAAAGCAGAAAUUCCAAGAAUAUUUAGAGUAUUAUAAAUUUGGUUUUCCAGCAACCGAAAAUUGGCUCAAGCGCAAUCGUACACAAGAUGCUAACAAUGUCCCAAUCACUGGAGACCAAACAAUAUCAAAUGCAUAUAUGGAACUAAUGGACUGGCCUGAAGGUGUAGAAUUUCCUGAAAUUCUUUCAAUUGACAAGGAUCGUAUCUUAAAAUUAGGUCAAAGGGCAAAACGUUUAUGCGUUGGAGCAUCUUUGAUUGCAAUAUGUUCUGCUGUUCCCAUAAUAUCACAACGCACAGAAAAUCGCACUCAAUUGGCGCAACAGAUUUAUAUAUUACUACAGAGUGUAACUAAUGAAAAAAACAUUUCGGAACUUAUAGAUAAUAUUUGGGAACAAAUAAAAACAGUUGUAAAUCAGUACUUGCAAAAGGAAGACCAAUCAGCAAUGGAUACUGCUGCCGAAUCUUUACUUAAAACACAAAUUAUGCAAAUUGCUAACAAAGAGUCUCCGGUGCGACAACUAAUGUGGAAGCGUUUACAAACAUAUUUCCGUUUGACCCUUCGUUCGAAGGCUGGACUACCUCCACCACCGCCUGGAUAUACUGACUUCAAAGAAGAGUUGGAUAAUUUUGCCACUGCCCUCAAACGUGUUAUUGCUUAUAAUCAUUCUGUAUUCGGUGAAUAUUUUUUGCGUAUACUAACACAACGACAACCGGAAUCUACCAAUAAUGAUGCAAACGAAAGUGCUAGCAGCUCAGGUACAUCUUCAGAAGUUAAAACUCAGACCUCGCAAUAAUGAAUUAUGGCUAUUAAUGAGGAAUAAAGUAGUUUUUUAAGCCAAUACAAACGCCGUAAAUACGAAUGAACCCCUAAAAGAGAGUACGUAUGUUUCAGAGCUUUGAAUAAGUGUAUUGGACAAAAAUGACAAAAGCGUUGCAAGAAUUGGUAUGUGAAUUUAAAAAGGGUCACAUUUCUCAAAAAAUAAAAAUGAAAAGUUCAUAAACGUGCAUAACCAAUGUAAAUAUGUAUACAAAAAUAUUGGAUCGUUAUAAGCCUUUUAUUAAAUUCACUUAACACCAAAGAAGAAUUAUGAAACAACAGAAUUUCAGAAAAUCAAAUAAAAAAUAAAUCUUCUAAAUUAAUAAAUGCUUAUAAAUGCACAACAAAAAUAAUAAAUAACAAUAUUAAAAUAUUAACUCUAAUAUAUUAACAUUAAAUGUAAAUCAAAAAAGUCCCUAUUAUAUUUAACAUAUUUCAACAUUAAUUCAGUAACAGAACAAGAAAUAAAAUGCUGAAAAAUUAAUUGACAAAAAAA